GUAGGGACUGUAGAGGAAGAGAAGCGGAAGUAAACAACAGCAGCAGCAGCAGCAGCAGCUUUAGCAGGAGGUGAGAUCUCUGGAGCCUCUGCUGUCUGUGAUGUCAGCGUGAUGUCAGCGUGAUGUCGUGGGUGAAGCAGCGGUACCGUGACAUCACCCCGGUGACGCUGCAGGUGGCGGGCGGGGCCGUGAGCGCCGUUCUGUACUGCGGCGAGCCCGAGGGCCUGGCGGGGGGGCUGGUGGAGUCCUUCCUGGUGGAGCUGUACCGCUGUAAACUCUGCCAGUUCACCUGCAGCCUGAAGGCCUCGGUCAGCAGCCACCUGCGCACGCACCUCACCUACCUGGGUGCGGACGGAGGGGGAGGGGCCCAGGACGGCGAGGGGGCGGGGCCGUAUCCACUGGAGCUGAACCAAGAGGAAGAGGAGGAGAAACGCAGCGACGAGGACGAAGACUUCCUGCUUUACAACAUGCUGGACGACAUGAGCCCGCCCACCUGUGACAUCAGCAGUGAGGGGGGGCUGCAGGUCGCACACACCUUAUAAAUAAGUGCAGAGAGACACCAGAGACAUCAGAGCGUGGAGACACACUGACAUCAGGAUCUUCAUCAGAUCACUUCUG